AUGUCGAACGCAGAAGAAGACGUCACCAAUCAACUCGGUUCUUUAUCAAUUGGAACCAGUAAGGAUGAAAAGGAUAAAAAAUUGACCAAGAAAGAGAAUAUUUUUGAAGUUAUCAAAUCAGAUGAAGAUGAAGAUAAGAAGAGUCGCAUGAAGGUAAACAACAUCAAGCUUGAGCAAUCCUUGUCCAAUGCUAACUUAAACCUCGUCGACAAAAAGAAGGACCCAAAUGUAAAGACUGCGAAAUCUCAAAAGAGCACAAAUGAGAGCACUUUGAAAAAGGAUACAAACAAGGUUGAAGCAUUUAAAGACAUUGCCCUGAAAUUUGACUUUACAAAGGCAUCAUCGAAGUCCAAAUCACCUGAAGACACUAGUGUUACUGCAGACAACUCUAAACCGGAUUCAGAGAAGAAGUCUGGAUUUUUGUCAGAUGUUGUCUUGAAGUUUGAUGACAGCAAGAAGGAUCCCAAUGUGAAAUCUCAAAAGAAAACAAGUGAGACCAUUUUCAAAAAGGAUGCAAAUAAGGAUGAAUCAUUGAAAGGCAUAGCCCUGAAAUUUGAUUUUGCAAAGAUUAAAUCGGAAUCCAAAUCACCUGAAAGCAGUAGUGUUGAUGCUGUUGAUGACUCUACACCUGAUUCAGGGAAGAAGUCUGGAUUUUUGUCAGAUGUUACAUUGAAGUUUGAUGACAACACGAAGGAUCCAUACGCAAAGAAUGUGAAAUCUCAAACAAGCACAAGCAAAAAGGAUGCAAAUAAGGUUGAAACAUUGAAAGACAUAGCACUGAAAUUUGACUUUACAAAGGUAUCAUCGAAGUCCAAUUCACCUGAAGGCAGUAAUGUUGUUGCUAGCGAAGACUCCAGACCCGAUUCCGGGAAGAAGUCUGGGUUCUUGUCAGAUGUUACUUUGAAGUUUGAUGAGAACAGGAAGGAUCCAUAUGCAAAGAAUGUGAAGUCUCAAAAGAGCACUUUGAAAAAGGAUACAAACAAGGUUGAAGCAUUUAAAGACAUUGCCCUGAAAUUUGACUUUACAAAGGCAUCAUCGAAGUCCAAAUCACCUGAAAGAAGUAGUGGUGGUGCAAGCGAAGUCUCUAGACCUGACUCAACGAAGAAGUCUGGGUUCUUAUCAGAUGUUACGUUGAAGUUUGAUGACAGCAGUAAGGAUCCAUAUGCAAAGAAGGUGAAAUCUAUUUUGACAAAAGAUACAAAUAAGGCUGAGUCAUUGAAAGGCAUAGCCCUGAAAUUUGACUUUACAAAGGUAUCAUCGGAAUCCAAAACGCCUGAAAGCAUUAAUGCCGAUGAUUUAGACGAUCUCAGUUCACAAUUGAAAAGUCUUAAAGUAGAAGAUACAAAGACCGAAGAAUCAAGCGGGUCAGAAAAAGAGUCCGAAAGAAAGUCAAGAGAACCUUCACCUUCCAAAGAGGGACUUGAAGAAUUCAUCGAAGAGGAAGAUCCCAAUGAAUCCAACCCCAUCUUCCAAAAGACAUUAGGAGGAUUAGAACGAGAUGACGAAGUUGCUCAUUCCCAUUUCCAAUCCUCCGAAUUGCUCGUUCCUGGCUUGAACGUCAAAUUAUAUCCUCAUCAAGUCAUCGGACUUGAUUUUUUCAAAAAGCGUGAAUCAGAGCCAAUCAAAGGUGGAUUAUUAUGUGAUGACAUGGGUCUUGGGAAAACUAUUCAGAUGAUUGCAUUAAUGUUAAUCAACCGGAACAAACUGAAUCCCGAGAACAGUAGGUUUUUAAAGACUUCAUUAAUCUUAUGUCCACCUGCCGUGAUGCAUCAAUGGAAACAAGAAAUUGAAACUAAAGCCUCUGGAUUAUCUGUCAUGAUCUAUCAUGGACCCAAAAGAGCUAAACUUCUUGGAGCAAUACCUAAAUAUGAUGUGGUAAUUACUACAUAUCCAACCGCGACUUCUGAAGUUAGCAACAAUUCCCAAUUUUUGAGUUAUAAAUGGUUUAGAAUUAUUGCUGAUGAGGCACACCAAAUCAAGAACCCACUUGCUGAGAGAACAAAAGCUAUCAAUAAAUUAACAGCAGAACGGAAAUGGUGUCUUACUGGUACACCAGUUCAAAAUGAUGCUUAUGAUCUCUUGAGUCUUUUGAACGUCUUACGAAUUGAUGAUGAAAGGAUUGAUUGGUCAUUUUUGAGUAUGAAACAAUGGAAAGAAGAUAGUGAGACUUGUCAGAAGAAUUUACGAUUAUUAAGAGAAUUAUUAAAAUCGGUGAUGUUGAGACGUACCAAAGCCAUUUUGAAAUAUUUGGAAUUACCGCCAAAGAGAAUGUAUCGUGAAAUGAUUCUCUUGUCACCUGAAGAAAGAGGCGUGUAUAAUUGUUUCCAAAAGAUAAUUGAACAUUGUAAGCUUUCGAUGGAUUAUGUUUUAAUUGAAAGAUUUUUGAAGAUAAAUGUCGAAGCUUGGUCUUAUGCUUCCGUGGUGGCUAUUUUCUUAAGAUUGAGACAAUACUGUUCUUAUUGGAAAAUUGUCACUGAUUUCACUCCCGAGAUUGAAUAUGAGGAAGAGGAAGAAUCCUCGAAGGAAUUAGUGUCUGACAUGAUUAAGGCCAUUACGAAAUUGAGAAAGAGUAAGAAGUAUAAUAAGAUGGAAUAUGCAUUAUCUAUCUUAAAGAAAGACCCCACCAGAAAAACAAUCAUCUUUACCAAUUUUACAUCAGCAUUUCGUGAUUUGGUAGAAAUCCUCAACAAUAAUGGUUUUGAAUGUGUGGUCUAUCACGGAGGAUUAACUACAGAAUUUAGAGAAAAAGCAUUAACAAAAUUCCGAGAAAGCCCGAACAUCCCGAUUUUAUUAUGUUCAAUUCAAGCCGGUGGAGUUGGGUUAAAUUUAACGGCGGCUUCUAGAAUCAUCUUUUUAGAUCCUUGGUGGAAUCCGGCUAUUCAUGCACAAGCUACUGAUAGAGUUUAUAGAAUUGGACAAGUACAUGAUGUUGACGCAUAUGAAUUGGUGACUCAUGAUAGUGUUGAGGAAAGAAUGUAUGAGACGUUAGAUAAGAAGAAGGAAUUGUCUGAUACUCUUAUUGAGAAUAAGGACAAGAACAAGAAGAAGAAAGAUGUAAACAAGUUGUCAAUGCAAGUUAUUGAAAGAUUCAUCGGUACAGAGAAUAUAGAAGCCUGA